GGUUAUUUCGGGGUAACUCGGGAAUGGCUUAAGGGGAUGGGGAGGUGAAAGAGGAAAAAGGAUAAGGAAGAGAGUCUUUGAGUCACGGAAAGAUCCGCAGGAACGCCUCUGAAGCCAGAGAUGGACUGGGCAUAAAUGAGAGAAUUUCUCAUGUGUUGUGGGAGCUGAGCCGCAUCCCUGGGUCCGCCCCUGCCGGGUUCUCGGUCCCGCCCCUGACCUCCGAAAGGCGGACGCCGGGUUUGGACUCUGGACCUUAGUUCGGGCUCUGCGGCUGCGCGGUCCCUUUGGUGGCAGAGCUCCUAGGCCUCGGCGUCCUAGCCUCGCCCUGGCGCCCUGAGGCGGGAAUCCGGAACGGAUGUGGUAGGCGAAGCGGAGGAUCUGGAGGAAAGAAGGUGGGAUCCACCCCUCGGCCCUACGGAGAAUGCGUGGAAUCGGGCGGCCUGGACAAGCAGGCUUACUUUCCGGCUGUCGAAAGCCGUAUAACCAAAGGGAAGGAUGGGCCUAGCUGUGCCUCCAGCUCCGGGAAGAGGAUGCUUCUAAUCCAGCGGCUGCUCUUUCUGCGUGUUUCCCAGGACCUGCAGGUCCUUCCUUUUACCCCUUCCCCCCAUCCAGUCCCUGGUUCCCCCUGAAAAAAAAAAGUCCGGGCCUAAACCUAACCCACUGGAAGAUAAAGGUCAGAGAUGCAGGAAGAAAAAAAAUGUCUCAAAGGCAAAUGAAGGAGGCCUUUGUCAGCAACCUCAAUGGAACCAGCCUACUGGAAAUUUCAGCUGGUUUGGCUUUGCCCCCACUUUGUACUGUGUGUAGAGGUCUGAUACUCAUUCUGUCACAACUGCACCAUGCAACCUUUUCAGGUAGAUGGGGAGCUCAUCUCCUCACUGACUUUGCUGUACUUGUGGUACCCUUGGUAACUUCUUGCACCAUUUUUUCUUCUGUGAUCUUCCUUGUGCCACCUCUCUUAACCAUUUUAGGCACAUGGUUGUUCUAUGAGAUAUAUGGCAAGAGGACCUAUUAUGCCAGGGCACCUGCCCAGAAAAUCAUUGAUGCAUUCCUGAAAAUCAGUGUAGAUUCCAAAAACAUUCCAUCUGUUACUAUGUUCCGUGUUUAUAUCAAUUUGGCCACUGCUAUCAAUAUCCUGGCUGUGGAUUUCCCACUUUAUCCUAGACGAUAUGCCAAAACAGAGAUCUAUGGAACAGGAAUGAUGGAUUUUGGAGUGGGAGCAUUUGUUUUUGGGAAUGCUAUCAUUAGUCCAGAGGUUAGAGGAAAACCCAGGGCCAAACAAUCCAGAUGUUAUUACCUUGCAAAGCAGUUGUUCUCUGUUUGGCCAUUAGUAGUCCUAGGGCUAGGUCGACUGAUCAGUGUAAAGUCCUUAGACUAUCAUGAACAUUUAUCUGAAUAUGGAGUCCACUGGAACUUUUUUUUUACCUUAGCAGUAGUAAAAGUGGUAGCCUCCUUACUCUUGAUUCUUUUCCCCCUAAACAAAUCUUGGAUUGUGGCUGUCAUCAUUGCCAUUUUGUACCAAAUAUCUCUUGACUUUGCACAGCUCAAGAUGAUUAUUUUGCAUGGUUUCGAUCACAAGGGUACAAGGAUUGGUUUCCUAAAUGCAAACCGUGAGGGAAUCAUCUCCAUCUUUGGAUAUGUGGCAAUAUAUAUGGCUGGUGUGCAAACUGGAUUAUAUGUGUUAAGGGUAAAACCUCUUCUCAGAGACUGGAUUAAAGUGGGAUGUCAUCUGUUACUGACAGCUGCCACUCUCCUUGUGUUUCUUUAUAUAUAUCAAGCAUAUGUAGAAGCAGUUUCCCGAAAAAUGGCUAAUUUAGCCUUUUGCAUUUGGAUAGUUGCUUAUAGCCUAAUGUUUCUUAGUUGGCUGAUACUAGGUAAUGUGAUUUUGGUCUUCACCAAAUUUCUGAUUAAAGGAGCUAUUGUGCCAUGUUCUUGGGAUCUCAUCCAGACACUCCAUGAAGAUAAAAAGUCUUCAGAGCCUCUGGUUCACCAAAAUGGAAGAGCGCUGCCAAGUCUUUGUCUAAUUGCUGCCAUUGACCGAAACCAGUUACUUUUCUUCUUGCUGACAAACGUUAUGACCGGUUUAGUCAACAUGACCGUUGACACUCUACAUAGUAGCCCCUCUUGGACUUUAACUGUAUUACAUCUAUACAUGAUUAGUAACUGUUUAAUUAUGUAUGUCCUGCACAUACAGAAUAUUACUGUAAAAUGCUGGUGAUUAUUAAGGUGAAAAUAUGAUAAAUGUUAAGAAUGGAAUGUUUUGCAACUCAAUUUACCUCAAAAUUACAAACUGUCCCAAAUACAGGCCUGUAACAACAUGCAUCAGUUCUUAUUUAUUUAAUAUACCUUAAUAUCACAAAGAUUACUAGAUGCAAGAUAGAAGUAAGCAGUGCUUCUGAAAUUCCCUAUAGAUUACUUAGUGAUGGUAUUCCAAAGUGUAGAUCCUUCACUACAGCUCAAGUUUAAAAAAAACCUUAUGAAACAUUUUUUAGCCUAUGUAUAAAAGCAAUCAAUAAAAACUUGCACUUGUAUUCUAUAGUGCCUAGUACAGAGUAACAUGCAGUGAGCAUAACAAAAGUACAAGGCAGUAAGUAAAAUAAGUUCUCUAAAAAUAGAUGUUAACUAUAGUGUGCUUUAUAUACCAUGUAAUUAUGAGGCAUUAGAUGUUUUCCUUUCAGAAAAAAAGAAAUGGGUCUUUAGAUAGCUAGAAUGCAGUCCAGUUUAAUGAAACUGACUUUGUCUUGACACAUCCUCUUUUAAUGAUUUUUUUUUUUUCAGGGCAAUGAGGGUUAAGUGACUUGCCCACGGUUACACAGCUAGUAAGUGUCAAGUGUCUGAGUCUGGAUUUGAAUUCAGGUCCUCCUGAAUUCAGGGCUGGUGCUCUAUCCACUGCUCCACCUAGCUGCCCCCAUCUUAAUGAUUUAACAGUACUACCUCCCCACCCUGGAAAUAAGAGCUGAUUUCCUUUGAAAACAUUUAUGGGCUUGUGUAAAAAAUAUUUUCACUGCAAAAGAUUAUAACCUCACAUUGGCCUUUUGUAUUCCUAAAUGAAAAUCUUUCAGAUACAUUUUGGGGUAAAAUCCAGAGGAAUUUGUAUUUAGCAAGGAAUUUGGGUUAUGUGUACAUAGUAUUAGGUAGGUGUAUCCAUCCACUGCUGAUAUUGAAUUGUAAUUCUGCAGCUGAUUUUUUGGUUUGUUUUGGUGAGGCAACUGGGGUUAAGUGACUUGCUCAGGGUCACACAGCUAGUAAGUGUCAAGGGUCUGGGGCCGGAUUUGAACCCAGGUCCUCCUGAAUCCAGGGCCAGUGCUCUAACCACUGCACCACCUAGCUGUCCCUCUGCAACUGAUUUUUAAUGUUACCUCUUAUUUAAUUCUGGGCCUAUUCUACUACUGAAUCUGAAAAGCUAUUCAGCAUGUUAUAGUGGAAAGAGUGCUGGAUUUCAGUUGAGAAAGACUUGGGUUCAAAUCCUGCCCCCUGAAACUUACAAGCCAUGGGCAACUAACCUUUCUGGGCCUAAGUUUGCCCAUCUGUAAAAUAAAGAUGAUAAAAGCAUCUACCUCCCAGGAUUGUUCUGAAGAUGAACUAAGUUUGUAAAAUGUACAAACCUAAAAGCACUAAUAAAAAUUCUGUUACAGCUUC